CAGGCUUAUUUCUAUCGAUGUCUCCACAUCUGGCGCAAUACUAUUUGUUUUAGGCGCACGCAGGGGGGCGCGCUGAGACAGCAGCAGCACCACCACCAGGACGGACCACUUGACACCACCUUGCUUCACGGUAUCGAUAUGCAGUAGUGUGAUAGCGGCUCUGCGGAGAAGGAAAGGCCGGUCCAUGGCAACUUGAGAUCAAACCCGUGGACUCUGCGUAAUCCUCACGACGUAGUCUGACAGUUUAUUGUGACCAGUUACGGAAAAUUCAUCUUGGAGACGUUUAAACGGAGGAUAGUGGAUCUGAGUGGAACCCGCCAUGGACUCAAGAGCAGGGGGACAUGGCAUGGCUCGUGUCGGGUUGUUUUUGGCUUUGAUGGGGCUGUGGAGGUUCAGUGAUGCUUGCCCCAAAUCAUGCACUUGCACCAUCUCUAAGAUUGUUUGUGUCGAUUCUGAGCCGGGAAUCGAGGAUUUCCCUUCUCUCACGAUAGAUGACAUGGAAAACAUCACAGAGAUAUAUAUUGCCAAUCAGAACAGACUAUAUGACAUAGAGGACAGCAGUUUAAGGCACUACAUAAACCUCAGAAACCUCACAGUUACAAGAACAAAGUUGACCAAUAUAUCAGUUGAUGCAUUUUACAACAAUACCAGACUCCAGUAUGUAGAUCUAAGAGACAAUAACAUAUCAACUUUAUCAUGGAGAAUAUUUCAGAACUUAUUAAACACUUAUUCGCUCCUCCUCUCUGGAAACCCUUUGGACUGUGUUUGUGAGAACCUGUGGAUCAAACUGCGACCCCAGGAGGAAAUGGAAAGCCAAGAGUUGAGAUGUUUUGAUGAAGGAGGAGUUCCCCAUGACCUUUUCAACUUCACACCACCUGACUGCAAGAUUCCCAGAGUAGUAGUGUCUCCCACCACAGUGACAGAGAUGCAGGGUCGUGAUGUUCGAGCGUUGUGCAAAGCCUCUGGUUCUCCAGCUCCUCAGAUCGAGUGGAACAUCGAUGUUCUUUACACGCGCAAUAAAAUUGAGGCGACAGACACAGAGAGCAGUCUGACUCUCUUAGGCUUGUCUCCAGCCGAUAAUGGUCGAGUGAUCACAUGCAGCGCUGAGAACAUGGUCGGUCAGUCAGAGGCCACGCUGCAGCUCAACAUCCUCUUCGCCCCUGCGAUACAGCAGCUGCUGCCUCCUGAACGGGACCACCACUGGUGCAUCCCAUUCAGUGUAAUUGGGAACCCCAAACCUGAGCUGCAGUGGUUCCAUGAGAACAUCCCACUACAAGAGCAAGACUUCAUCCGCACCAUGAUCCAUGAAUCCACAGAGAGUGUGGACCACGGCUGUCUGCAGCUGGUCAACCCGACUCACAUCCACAACGGUGUCUACAGACUCAUGGCAAAGAACAAAUACGGAAGCGACAUCAAGAACAUCACCGCACAGUUCCUCGAACCACCUCAACUGGGCACUCCAGAUGAUGAUGAUGAUUAUUAUGAACCAGACCCCCCAGAUUCCUCAUCAGAAGAAGGAAGUGCUGCUGUGUACAUUGUGGUUGGAAUAGCUGGAGUUGCUUUGACUGGUUGUGUUUUGAUGAUGAUUAUACUAAAAUAUGGAAGAAACUCCAAAUUUGGGAUAAAAGGCUCUUCCUCUGUCAUCAGUAAUGACGAUGACUCUGCCAGCCCUCUUCAUCACGUCUCCAAUGGCAACAACACCCCGUCGUCCUCGGAGAUGGGCCCAGACGCAGUGAUCAUUGGGAUGACAAAGAUUCCUGUCAUUGAGAACCCACAGUACUUCCGUAACUCCGGCAGCAUUCUGAAAUCGGACACAUUCGUCCAGCACAUCAAGAGACACAACAUAGUGUUAAAGCGCGAGUUGGGAGAAGGAGCGUUUGGGAAGGUCUUUCUAGCUGAGUGCUACAGCCUGACGCCAGACCAAGACAAGAUUCAUGUUGCAGUUAAGACCCUGAAAGAGGCCAGUGAGAGCGGACGAGCGGACUUCUACAGAGAGGCCGAGCUGCUCACCAAUCUGCAGCACGAGCACAUAGUCACUUUCUACGGCGUGUGCGUGGAGAGUGACCCGCUCAUCAUGGUGUUUGAGUACAUGAAGCACGGGGACCUGAACAAGUUCCUUAGGUCCCAUGGCCCAGAUGCGAUCCUCAUGGCAGACGGUCAGCACAGCAUCCUGGUGGAGCUCACUCAGUCCCAAAUGCUUCACAUUGCCCAACAGAUUGCUGCUGGCAUGGUCUACUUGGCCUCUCAGCAUUUUGUCCACAGAGACUUGGCCACUAGGAACUGCCUUGUCGGGGAAAACCUUCUGGUCAAAAUCGGUGACUUUGGCAUGUCCAGGGAUGUAUACAGCACAGACUACUACAGAGUGGGUGGACAUACGAUGCUACCGAUUCGCUGGAUGCCCCCGGAGAGCAUCAUGUAUCGCAGGUUCACCACAGAGAGCGAUGUGUGGAGCCUGGGAGUGGUGCUGUGGGAGAUCUUCACCUAUGGCAAACAGCCGUGGUACCAGCUCUCCAACAACGAGGUAAUCGAGUGCAUCACCCAGGGUCGCGUCCUGCAGCGGCCCCGGACUUGUCCCAAGGAGGUGUACGAUUUGAUGCUGGGCUGCUGGCAUAGAGAGCCCUACAUGAGACUAAACAUUCGGGAGAUCCACGCGCUGUUGCAAAGUCUGGCUAAGGCCUCUCCCGUCUACCUGGACAUACUGGGCUGAAACGUCACGGGACGCUGUAUGUACCUUUGUGUGUGCGUGUGCGCGUGUGCGUGGGGCGCAUGUCCGUCUGCGAGCUCUGUUUGAAUGUUUGUUCGUGCGAGACAGAGACAAGAGCUAUUGUAAGUGCAGUAGCCUACGUAUGGUGCUUGUGGGAGAAAACCUGUACAGUCUCAAGCUGUAAAUAUAAUUGUAAAUGUCUAUGUCCUCUUUACAUAGAGAAAGGCCUUAAAUUUAAAGUUAUUUUGAUUUUCUUUCUUUUUUUUUCACGUUUUAAAUAUGAAAUCAAACUGCAGACAGAUUAUGGCACUAUUGUUGGCACUUGCGCGUUUCAGUAAAAGUUCUGUAUAAACAUAUAAGCGUUUUAGUUGACACAUUAUCCGAUUAUUAAUAUUACACAGCAACUAGAAAGAAAGGCAUUGAUCGGCGUCGUUAUUGAAAGUGUGUAGAUUCAACAUUGAAGGAUGGAUAGACCUUUUGAUUUGCCAAUAGUGUCAAAAAAAAAAAGCACUUUUUAACGGAAUAAAAGGGUUUCAGUGUAGUUGUUUUUCAUGCAGUUCCUUAUUUUAACCACUAGGACGACUUGUUUCUUCUCCAUGGUGAUUUCAUGUAUCUAAAGCACACAAAUGAGGACUUGUUAAGCUGUGCCUAUCUUUGAAGAUGAGCACAGUUAGUUUUAAUUUUCACCAGCAAUGUCAUUUAGCAUUUCGUUCGGGAACCCUUAUUAUUAUACAUCUGUCUACAAACCUCUGAGAAACUGGUUGAGUGACGAUAUACAGCAUUUGCAUAAAAGGUUAGAAACGGAGAUGUUGGAUGUGUAGAUAAUAAUUUACAUUUUUUUUGUUGCAAGUAGUUCAAAACGCAGUAGAUUUGUUAGACUUUUGAAGCACCUUUUGCACUGGUGGACCCUCCAAAGAGGAGCGUGGUAUCUGUAAUAAAAGAUUACAAAAUGUAUUUAUGUAGUUAACAAUUUCUUCCAUGGAUCUGUCUGAGUUAAUACGUCCUCCUCAUACAAAAACAUUGUCAUUUGUUCUGUUAAAAUGCACCUUGUACAUGGACUGAACUUCCCAAUGCUCAAGACACUUCCCAUCUUCAAAAAAACCCUAAAAAAACAACUCAGAUUUUGUCUUUGAUUCCUGUUUUUUCCCAGUUUAUGUUGUCAAAUGUACAAUAGUCUGAUGUCUACUGUAUAUAAAAUGGAGUCCACUUUGUACAGUUCUGAUACUUGUCUAUAUGCACAGUAGGCAAUGUUUAAUAUAGUAUAAUCUGUUUGAAGCAGAUGUUAAAACUGUGUGAUAUAUAUGGAAGAUUACAUGUUAUGGGGCACUGGCAAUACAUACUACUGUAAAUAAGAUUUUAUUACGACAUUGUAUACUUAAUUUGUGCUUGUUCAUAAUAAUACGAGUGGGAAAACAAUCUUUUUUCAUCUGCUAAAGGACUUUCUGCAAAUAUGUUUUCUUCGAAGAUAAAAAAAAUAAACAAAAACAAUCUCAACUUGUGAUGAAGUGGCUCAGAGUUUAAGUAAAGGGGUUGGUCUUGUCUGGUGUUUUUACGGAGACCAGAGACUUCUAAAAACAUUCAGAUCAUCCCCGACUCGUCCCGUCACCGAAGCCUGACUGACUGUAGCCUUUUUUGAUUCUUUUUUCAAAUGAACAUCUGUGACUUUGCAUCAUGAAUCGUAUAUCGUUUUGAAUGUAACGGAGUGGGAUUGCGAAAAGGAGCAGAGUGUUUUUUUUGUUUGUGUGUUUUGUUUGUUUUUGUAAAUAUCCAAUGGAAAAAGGAGACGUUUCAGUCCCGUGCAGUCAAUGGAGCUGACCUACUCUGUGAAUACGGUGUGUGUGACAUGUAGUCAGUGUGCGUUUCCACUGGAUGCCUGUGUGUGAGUGUGUGUGCGCGCGUUUGUGUGUGUGUGUAGGGGUGUGUUUGUGUGUGUGAGCUCUCCUGGCAGAUUUAAUCCUGCUUUAAUCAGCCAGAUCUAUCAAUCAAUUCAAUGCUUUGUGCAUCCUGUGAGUAGCUUAUCCACAAGUAAUGGAAUUGUUCCUUGUGAUACUGUGCAUUUAAUAAAGGUGGUUUGUC